GAUCGCAACAGACGGGCCAAGACUACUGCUGCGCAAAAAAUCUCUUCAGCUUUGGAACGCAAUUUUGGUGAAUCGGUAUUUAAACGGGUGGGGUUUCAUAGAGAAGGAAAAAACAAAACAAGAAAGGAUGACUUCGAAAUUCUGUGCGAUUGUUCCUGUAGCCAUCGUAUUGUAUUUAGCUGCCCUGGCAGCAGCAAAAUCAACAGAUCCAGACGAUCCCGAGUUUAUUGACUUCGGUGGAGACAUUGAGUCAAAGGCGGCACCGGAUGAAGCAAGUGUGGAAACAGCUUUAUUGAAUUAUCUCUUUGCAAAGCAGAUCAUGGCUCGCCUGCGCAACAACCGAAACCCUCAAGAGUUGAUGAAAAAACGGUCCUAUUGGAAGCAAUGUGCAUUCAACGCCGUCUCUUGUUUUGGCAAGUGACGCCGAAAGAAAUACAUACUAAAGAACCGACGAAAUGCUAUGUAAACCCUUAAAGCAGUAACAUUAUUUUUGUUUCUCGCUCAACAGGGUUUGGGCAUCAAAAUGAUGCAGUUUUUUUAUUUAUUUAUUAGUUUAUGACUACUUCCUACAUUAUAUUGAAAUAAACGAAAACAUGUACAGGCUAAAUAAUUUCCACUUAUAAAAAUAGCCUCUCACCUAAAACCACUUGUAUGAUCUCUCCGUUAUGAAUACAAUCAUAAUUGUUUAGGUCUGA